AUGACAGUUUUUCGCGGAUGCGAACCGAGGAACGUCGAUAAGAGGAUCAGUUUGGAUGAGGUCUCAAUCGUAAGCAAGGACCGACCACCUCGCCCUAGGGCGAGGACCGUCUCAACACGGGUCACUUUGUCCACUGAGCAAAAGAUUGGGAAAAAAAUGAAAACAAUGAUGAAGAAGAAGGUGAAGAGAAAGAGGCUGAUGACAAUGCUCAGCAAGAGGGUGAGAAAGAGAAGGAAAAUAGUGAGGGUGAUGAGCAAGACAAGGAAAACAACGAGAGACGAAGAAGAAGGUGACGAGAAAGAGGCUGAAACCAGUGAGGAAGAGAAGAAGAACAGUGAGGAUGAUGAGAAAGUUGAAGAAAAAGUGGUGGAAUCUGAGGCUGAAGGGAAAGAUGAUCAAGAAGAGGUUGGAGGGAAAGAGGAUCAAGAAGAAGAAGUUGAAGGGAAAGAGUCUAAAACCAGGGAGCAAAAAAAAGAGAAAAGUGAGACUGAUGAGGCAGACAUAGAAAAAGUGGUGGAAUCCGAGGCUGAAGAGAAAGAUGAUCACGAAGAGGUUGGAGGGAAAAAGGAUCAAGAAGCCGAAGGAAAAGAUGACCAAGCAGAAAUUAAUGAACCUCGGGUUGAGAAAGUUGUGGAAGAAGAGAAAAAAAAGGAAGACGCUGUGGAAACAGAGGAAAAGAGCAGGGAGAAAGUUGUGGAAGAAGAGCAAAAAGAGGAAGAGGAUGCUGGGGAAGUUGUUGAGGAAUAUACCGAGGAAGAAAAGCAAAGGUGGAUCAUGGUCGUUUACAAGGAAGCACCGAGUCCUUGGUUCAUGCAUAGGUGCAAGGAGAAAACAAUGAUGUAUGGUAAACCGAGAGGCAGGGAAAGGAAGAAUGUCGAUGUUGCUGCACCUAAAAAGAGUGGCAAACCAAAGAGGAAAUCACAGUGGGUGCAGACUCCUUUCACGGAGGAGAAGAAUCCUAAAACAAAGCCUUAG